AUGGAACAUUUUCUUAAUAAUAACGACGAUCAUAAUUCAAGUUUUUUUCAACCACCAACACAAGAUGAUGAAAAUGAAGUGCUUGAUGAACAAAAUUCUCCUUCAGAUAUGGAAACAAUAAGUCCAAUUAAAAAUGAUAAUAAACCAGAAGAAUCUCUUCCUAAAACGGAUCGUCUUCAGUCAAAAACUAUUGAUGAAGAAGCAAAUAUAAAAUUACAAGUUCUUGUAUCAAAUUUCAGCGAUGAACAAUUAGAUCGUUAUGAAAUGUAUCGUCGUUCAGCAUUUUCAAAAGUUUCAAUAAAACGUUUAAUGCAUUCAAUAACAGGUUCAAUACCAUCAUCGAAUGUUGUUAUUGCUAUGGCUGGUAUUGCGAAAGUAUUUGUGGGUGAAAUUGUUGAAGAAGCUUUAGAAGUUCAACGACAAGAUAAUGAAACAAAAUCAACACCACUUGAACCAAAACAUUUACGUGAAGCAUAUAGACGUAUUAAUAAUCAUCAUUAUCAUUGUCCACAGAGAAAAACAUGGAAAUCAAAAAGACGAUCGAGAUUUUAA